AUUAUUGGUUUUUCUUUCACAUUCUUGAAUUACUUUUAAGGAGGAGAUUGUUGGUUCGGUUAUGAGAAAGUUGUGUGGAGAGAAGUGAGAAAGCUCAUUUACCUUUUUCUAGAUUUCUUUGUUUUUUUCUUGCUCGGUGCCAGCGAAGAUGUUAAUAUGCUAAAUCAAUUCGUCCAAACGAAUUUUCAUCCGCGCCGCAGCAGAAGAAAAUGCAGGCGCAUUUUUUUUAAUUAUUUAAUUAUUAUUUUUUUGGAGGGAGGGUAGUUGGCAAGAGGGGAAAAUGUCUGGUUCAAGACGAUGAUGACCUUCCAAGAAUCCAAUAUGCGUUCAAGGCAUAUAAAACACGGCAUGUGCUCAGGAUAUUACUAAAAGAAGCCCCAGAAACGUACUAAUUUCACGCUCUUCCACACACCGAAUCAAUUGAAGCCCUAUGUCCAUUCUAUAUAAUACCCCUCUAAUGCCUUUGCCAUCACCGACGCUGCCUCUUUCUUUGAACAACAAUCUCUCAUUUACUGCUAUUUCCUUCUCCAUUUCAAAGCCUACACGUAACCUAAGACCACCACUACAACGCCACCCCUCUUCUCAUCCUUCUUCUUUACCACGUUGUUUCUCUUCUCUGUCAGAAAUGGAUGGCACAGUUGGUCAAUGUCUUUACCCACUACACCGCACUAAAACAAUUCACCUGGUUAGGCACGCACAAGGGAUUCACAACGUAGAAGGAGAAAAGGACUAUAAUGCUUAUAUGUCUGAAGAACUCUUUGAUGCGCACCUUACCCCUCUAGGCUGGCGGCAGGUUGAUAAUCUGCGCAAGCACGUUUUUGAAUUUGGGAUCAAUAAGAAGAUUGAAUUGGUCAUUGUUUCCCCUUUGUUAAGGACCAUGCAAACAGCAGUCGGAGUAUUUGGUGGGGAAGGGUACACGGAUGGUAUAAAUGCCCCUCCAUUGAUGGUGGAAAAUGCAGGGAAAAGUAACCAUCCUGCAAUUUCAAGUUUACACUCUCCUCCAUUUAUUGCAGUUGAGCUUUGUCGAGAACAUUUGGGAGUUCAUCCAUGUGAUAGGAGAAGAAGCAUCAGUGAGUACCGGUCCAUAUUUCCAGCAAUUGAUUUUUCAUUGAUUGAAAGUGAUGAAGACAUUUUGUGGAGGGCUGAUAUCAGAGAGAAGGAUGAAGAAGUUGCAGCCAGGGGACAGAAGUUCUUGAAAUGGUUGUGGACUCGAAAAGAGAAGGAGAUUGCAGUUGUUUCCCACAGUGGAUUCUUAUAUCAUACAUUAAGUGCUUUUGGAAAUGAUUGUUAUCCAUCUGUGAAGAGUGAAAUAUGCACGCACUUUGCGAAUUGUGAGCUUCGUUCAGUGGUCCUUGUUGAUAGAGGUAUGAUAGGAUCAGAUACAGCAAUAACUAAUUAUCCUGGAAAAAAACCUCAAGGGCUUGACCUUCCAAGUGAUUUGGCGGAAGAGAUUAAUCCGUCUUAAGUAAUAGUCUGUUCUGGUGAGAUGAAUCAGUAUUGAGUUGCUGAGUCCAUCAAAAGAAAUUGGAGGUACUUCAUCCCUACAAAACGAACUAGAGAGUUCAAUUUUUGUGAGCUUGCUAGUUCUGAUUGAAAAAUUCCAGAUACUUUUUUUGUGUUGAAGUAGGUGUCAUCCCCGUGCAUUUUCGCUUAGUGUACGCAUAUGAACGGGACUAUUUUUAAUGAAUGAUUGUUAGUCUUCAUGUAAUAACUAUCAUUGUAUUUUCUGAACAUGCUAAAUGAUUAAUAAAGGAUACUAAACUCGUCAAAUUAUUAA